ACCAGACGGGGUGGAGCGAGAGAUGGUCGAGCCCCCUACUCUGUGCAGACGGCCCUUGUCUUGAGAGCUUGGAGAGAGAAAGGAGGAGGAAAAAAGCUAGCAAAGCAAGCGAAGAUAGCAAGCGGGGGCUGGUCCGUGGGUGUGACUAGCGUACUGGAAAGGGGAGGGGGUUUGGAAGGGGGAGGCGUGGAGGCGGCGCACGGGUGUGCUGUUUCUCGAGCCUCUUUCCCCGCUUGUCUUUGUUUCGUACUCUUUUGUUAGCCAUGCCGAGCCUGCUGGUUCUAGCAGGGAUCAUGGAAAAGAACGGGGAGCUGGCCGUCUCCGGCUUCGGAAGCGAGGGGCUGCACGUGCCGCCCGACGAAGAAGAGGACGACUCCCGGGCUCUGAGGGUCGCGCUGGGUCAGUUGUCUCUGUUGGGUCUCGGGGAAGCUGAGGACGGUGGCGGCGGGUCUCCCGCAACUGGAUCGCAGGAUCGGAGUAACAACAAUAACCAUCACAGCAGCUGCAUCGGAGGAGGGAGCGCCGGGGACACGGGGCUUUUGACUGGAAAGAGCAAGUUGUGCGUCCUGUAUGAAGCUCCCACAUCUGAAACGAAAGGACGCGGCUCUAAUAUAACCGAAUGCGUCCCUGUGCCCAGUUCUGAACAUGUGGCCGAAAUAGUAGGGAGACAAGGCUGCAAGAUCAAGGCUCUGCGGGCCAAGACCAACACCUACAUCAAGACCCCGGUGCGCGGGGAGGAGCCGGUCUUCCUGAUCACCGGGCGGAAGGAGGACGUGGCGCUGGCGCGGCGCGAGAUCAUCUCGGCCGCCGAGCACUUCUCCAUGCUCCGGGCGUCCCGGAACAAGCUGGGCGGCUCCUUCAACGGGUCGCCCCCGGCCCCGCUGCCGGGCCAGACCACCAUCCAGGUGCGCGUGCCCUACCGGGUGGUGGGGCUGGUGGUGGGGCCCAAGGGCUCCACCAUCAAGCGCAUCCAGCAGCAGACCUGCACCUACAUCGUCACGCCCAGCCGCGACCGCGACCCCGUCUUCGAGAUCACGGGGUCGCCGGGCAACGCCGAGCGCGCCCGCGAGGAGAUCGAGUCGCACAUCGCCUUCCGCACCGGCGGCCUCCACGACCUCAACAACGAGAACGACUGCCUGGGCGGCGAGUGCGGCGGCGGGGGGGGCGGCGGGCCGGAGGGGGGGGCGCGCCUGCCGCCGGCCUGGGGGGGCGAGGGGGGGGCCCCGCGCAAGCCCCUCGCCAGCAGCUACCGCCAGAACUUCUCCGACGUCAUGGUAACCGGCGGAGGAGGUGGAGGUGGAGGAGGAGGGGGAGGGGGGGUGGGGAUCUACGGCAAGAGCGACUUCCCCCCGUCCGGGCAGAAGGCCUGCUCCUACAUCGGCUUGGACGGCGCCCCCUGCUGGGGGGGGGACCCGCAGCCCGACUACCCCAAGCAGGCGCCGGCCUACUACCCCCAGCAGCGCUCCAAGAGCUUCGGGGGCCUGCCCCUCCCCCUGGCCCGCCUCUCCCCCGGCCUGGGCGAGCCUUGCCCCGCGGCCCCGCCCCACGGCCACGCCCAGGCCCGCCGCGCCCACAGCGAGCCCAUCGCGGCCAGCAUGGGGUUCCCCGGGCGGCUGGCGGGGGUGGGGCCGGGGGCGGGGCCGGGGGCCGAGUCCCCGCCCGCCUCCUCGCGGGAGUGCAUGACGUGCUUCGAGAGCAAGGUGACGGCGGCGCUGGUGCCCUGCGGACACAACCUCUUCUGCAUGGAGUGCGCCGUGCGCGUCUGCGAGCUGGGCCAGCCCGAGUGCCCCUUCUGCCACGCCCCCGUCACCCAGGCCAUCCGAAUAUUCUCCUAAGGCCCCGCCCACCGCGCUCCAAAAACCCCGCCCCCACCCCGCUCCAAAAACCCCGCC